UGGGGAUGGGGCAAGUGGUGAAAGGAUGGCCCUAUGAGCACAGAGCUUUGAGAAGGGACCUGGCAAGGUUCACUGUCACACAGACUAUCAUACUGUCCAGAAGUGAAGCAGCCCGGUGAUUAUCAAUGGACCCCCAGAUAAAGCUGACAAACACACAGUGGGAUACUCCCUUCACUUGGGACUGAGGGCUAAAAGACCCUGGAGGGGGAUUCCAGUCCUGGGGAUGCUGAUACAGCGGUUCUGGGAGCCUGGUUGGCUUUGGCAGUUCCCAGAGUGGGCCAGCGUCUGGUCAGCAGGUGGCGUGGACACAGAGAUGAUUUCUUCUUGGGAGGCGGGGAAGACAAGGCCACCCAACCACCUUUUCAAAGCUGGGGCCUAAGAGGAGGUAGCGGGGUAAAACUACAACUCCCAGAAGUCCCUGCUCCCGGGCGAGGCUAAUGUGUUGCCAUGGUUUCAGAAAACAAUAUGGCCGCUCCCAGCUGGGACCGGAGUCUGGGUUAGAGAGGCUGAGGUGGAUCUGGGCGGCUGCAGUAGCGAGAGAGGAAGCUCUUGAGGGGUCGUGAAGUUGGGGCUGGACGCUGCACAGCUGGAACGGCCUGACCUUGACGAGGGCGCCAAUGGCGAGCAGCGUGGAUGAGGAAGCGCUGCACCAGCUCUACCUGUGGGUAGACAACAUACCUCUGUCCCGGCCCAAGCGAAAUCUCUCUCGGGACUUCAGUGACGGAGUCCUGGUCGCAGAGGUCAUCAAGUUUUACUUCCCCAAGAUGGUGGAGAUGCACAAUUAUGUCCCUGCCAACUCUCUCCAGCAGAAGCUCAGCAACUGGAGUCACUUGAACAGGAAGGUUCUGAACAAGCUGAACUUCUCGGUACCAGAGGACGUGAUGCGUAAGAUCGCACAGUGUGCCCCGGGCGUGGUGGAGCUGGUGCUCAUUCCACUGAGGCAGCGCCUGGAGGAGAGGCAGAGGCGCAGGAAGCAGGGCGCUAACUCCUUACAGGAGCUGGCUCUCCAGGAUGGCACUGAAUACAUGGAUGUGGGUUUGUCCCAGAAGGCCAGAGGGGAAGCUGCCCUGGACCCCCAGGGAAGGGGCCAGCUCAGGGUGGACCAUCAGCCUGCACCCCGGCCUCCGGGGUAUAGUCAGGCGCUGCAGGGCGACCCAAGCUUCAUCCUCCAGAUCGCUGAGAAAGAGCAGGAGCUGUUGGCCUCACAGGAGACCGUGCAGGUGCUGCAGAUGAAAGUGAAACGCUUGGAGCACCUGCUCCAGCUCAAGAACGUGCGCAUCGAAGACCUCUCCAGGCGGCUCCAGCAGGCGGAGCGUAAGCAGCGGUGAGCAGAGGCCCCGGUGCGCGGGCACGCCCCAGUAUCCGCCGGAGCCCAGAUGCCAACGCACCCAGCACCCACCGACAGACUAACGAAUGGGCGGGCGGAGCCAGCAACUCCAAUGAGCCUGGGACAGGAGCGCCCCCUCCCUUGGGUGUGGGUGAGCGUUGGGGGCAGUGGGACAGGAACCCCCCACAGCUGAGCCCUGGGACUGAGCCACCUCCUUACACUCCAUCCGAGUUAGGAGACUGGACCGCUUUCCAGAACCCAGAAGCCACAUGCAGAGACCUGGCCUGCACCCCAAAGCAGUGCCCAACACCAGGGGCUGUACUUUGGUGCUUCCUGUGCUGGGCCUUGGGGAGUGGUCCCCCAGCUUGGCCCACACCCCUAGAACCAGGUCCCCACCUUGCUCUGAAGACAGCGGCAGCUCCAUCCAGGCUAGUCCUCUGUCUGCUGGGCAAUGGGGAAAGCUGCCUCAGAUAGCUGAGGGGCUUCCUUGCCCAUCCUGGGCACUCACCUGGGACCCAUCUAGAGGCUGGAGAACACAGCAACUGGAGAAGAAGGGGUGACGAGUGAGCUCAGCCAGGAGUGGGGAAGACAUGGGCUAUGCCUCUUCUAGUAGCCCUCCCUCCCAUGGGGUAUGUUGAGAAUGUUUGGGGGACAUGGGACAGGGUUGCCUCCAUUAAAGGUGUGCUCUCCUUCC